CGUGAGGGCGGGGCAGGGCGGAGGCGUUGGUCCCGCCACGUUCGGCCAGGCGGUUCCGGCUGCGGCGCGUGGGGGCGCACGGGGGGAGGGGCUGGCGCUGCAGCCGGAUCCGGAUGCGGCGGCGCUGUGACCCGCAGGCAGACUGACGCGCUGGGACGGGAGCGUGGCUCGCUCCGGUGCGAUUUUACUAGAAAGAUGAAACCUGAUGAAACUCCUAUGUUUGACCCGAGUUUGCUCAAAGAAGUGGACUGGAGUCAGAAUACAGCUAUAUUUUCUCCAGCCAUUUCUCCAAUGCAUCCUGGAGAAGGCUUGGUUUUGAGGCCUCUCUGUACUGCGGACUUAAAUAAAGGUUUUUUUAAGGUAUUGGGUCAGUUGACAGAGACUGGUGUCGUCAGCCCGGAGCAGUUCAUGAAAUCUUUUGAGCAUAUGAAGAAGUCUGGGGAUUACUAUGUUACAGUUGUGGAAGAUGUGACCCUAGGACAAAUUGUGGCUACAGCAACUCUGAUCAUAGAACAUAAAUUUAUCCAUUCAUGUGCUAAGAGAGGGAGAGUAGAAGAUGUGGUCGUUAGUGACGAGUGCAGAGGGAAACAGCUUGGCAAACUGUUAUUAUCAACUCUGACUUUGCUAAGCAAGAAACUAAACUGUUACAAGAUCACCCUUGAAUGUCUACCACAAAAUGUUGGUUUCUACAAAAAGUUUGACUACACGGUAUCAGAAGAAAAUUACAUGUGUCGGAGGUUCCUAAAGUAAAAACCACCAUUGAGAGGUUACUUGAUGCUACUGUUUUAGAGUUCAUUUUUGUUGCUGCAACCAGUGAGCUCCCUAACUACUAGACUGAAAAAUGCUGUAGUGUGCCAGUGUAGUGCCACGAGAGGAUGCCUGUGGCUGCUGGGAGUGCAAAUGAUCAGAAAGGGGGGUGAUUUUUUAACCAAAGGAAUAUAUUUUCAACUUGAAUCUUUUCUUGCAUUGUAUUUUUCUACAGUUUGUCUUCCUUUCUUGGUAGUCAAGAGUAUGGGUAGUAAACAGUUAUGUCAUCUGCUCUCUGCUGCUCACUUUUAAAUACAUGUAUAUAUAUAUGUGUAUGUAUAUAUGUAUAUAUACAUGUAUAUAUAUAUACGUGUGUAUAUAUAUAUUGAUUGAUUGAAUAAGGGUGUUUCUUACCAUAAAAUUAUUUUUGUCUCCGACAUCUAAUAGACUUAGGCACACCAUUUCUCACAUUACAGGGAGUUGGGCACUUUGGUUACCAUGACCACCAGAUACAUAUUUGAACAUUGUCGAUCCUAACUCUGCACACAAAACAAUCUUUGGACAGUCUUUUUAAAGCAACAAAGGAAAAGAAAAAUGGGACAAGGUACAACAGCUUAAAUAACUAUUUUGUGUAUAGUUCUGUGCAGCUACUGUCCCAUCUUUCUCAUCUGUCAAAUAAGGGUCAAGUUCUCCAAGUUCUCCAAGGGCAGACACAGAGAUCCAGGGUCCUUUCCAUCAGUGAGUGAGUUGCUACCUUGGUUUCUAUAUCGUGACAUCUGAAGCCUUUGAAUCAUAAAAAUGUGUGGUACUGCCUUUGGUACAGCUUUAAAAUGGUAGCUUUUCUAUUUAAUGUGAUUAUAAUGGUACUAUGAUUCUGAUCACUGUCCUAUUUUAUUUAUUUGAAUGAUUUUUAGAAACAGAAUCAGAUACUUUUAUUAAUAAUGGUUCUAAUCUUUUGCAUUCCAUGUUACUAUAUUAAACUUGUUUAUAUGAAUAGUCUCUCAUAUUA